UUUCGCUUCCUCCUGACGACGGGCGCCCAAGUUUUCUUUUCUCCAAACAAGUUUCCAGCCCGAACCCCGGAACCUGCCCGCAUGGUCGACCUCGCCCCGGGGACGCGAUGGAACCGAUGCAGCUGGAGCAACUCGAAGUGAAGCCCCAAAUCGUGUCGUCCGUUCCAAGUGGUGGUGGCGUUGACAGCAGCAACCCAUCUUCAGUGACAGGUGCCGGCGCCGCGUCCAACGCCUGCUCUGACCUGCAGCAGGAGACAAAAAAGCAAGAGCAGAAGCAGAAGGUGGCGGAAAUCGAAAUUUUGCCGGUCAUUUACGAAAUUAUCAGAAGCGUCGAGAAAGAUCCGGUCGACAACGCCGCCAAGCAGAAGGAAAGCGCCGACUGCAGCCAGAAGGUUCUCGAGCUGCAAAAAACUUUGGAAGCCGCCCGGGCCACAAUCCGUCAACUGCCGGGAAUCGAGUUCAGCAAGGAGGAACAGCUGCGUCGUCUCGAGAGUCUGCGCAAGCAACUCGCCCUCAAACAGCAGCUCAUCAAGAAGUACAAGAACGUGCAGUUCUAA